CAGGUCGUAUUGAUACGGUCUCUGAGCUUCUUAGGCCUGUCUCUGAAUCACCUAUGACGCUCUUCUGCAAUCUCUAUUGUAGGUUGGCACCCGUGUGCUUAUAUUAUCUCAUACCGGAGAGAAGAAAGUUGUUGUUGAGGGACUUCUACUCAGCCCCCCUGCACCAGGUGACAUACUUUCCUUGGUCAAGGUUUUCGUUACAUCCGCCGCGGUCCCGGACACACCCCUUAUUUUGCCGACAAAUGCUGGGGCGACUACCUUUCGCGAGGUGGUCGGUGAAGAUCCUAUUGAGUGGAACUAUAAGGAUCUCAUGCGCCACCCCUGAAGCAUAUCAACCGGUUCCUUUAUGUUUUGCCUCUGUUUGCAUUAUCAAUUGCAUGUCGUGGAUGUGCUUGGAUAGUAGGUUCUUACGCCUAUGUGAAAUACAUAUGGAAUAGAUGCAUAGACAUUUGGAUGUAUCUUUUGUGUGGUAAGAAUUGUUGCUAU